GAAUGGCCGCGCUAGAAGCUUGGGCUUCAUGGGGCUUCCUAACAGGAGCCGCUGCUGCCGUCAUCAUCGCCGUGAGAUGGUACCUCAAGAUAAGCCACUGCUGUCGGCUGGUCGCCAGGAUACCGGGACCGCCUGGGAUACCUCUGCUCGGAAACACACUUCAACUGAUCGCUCGCAGGGAAGAUAUAUUAAAAUAUUUAAAGGAACUACGCGACCGCUACGUUACCGUGUGUAAACUGUGGGUUGGACCAAUACUAUGUGUUGGAAUGUUAGACCCUAAGGACAUAUCAGUGAUUUUAAGUAGCAGCAAAACUUUAAGUAAGCCAAUCAUGUACAACCUAGUUAGCAUAGUAUUCGGUAAUUCGUUGCUUACUGCCAAAUUUAAAGAGUGGAAGAAAUUCCGUAAAAUUAUGGAACCUACCUUCAGUAAUCGUAUCAUCGAAUCAUACAUCAGCACUUUCCACGAGAAGAGCCAGCGCAUGGCUGACCUGCUGGAGGAACGCUGCCACGGAGAGCCAUUCAACAUGGCGGACUACUCGAUGCCCUGCGCUCUGGAGAUGCUCUCCGAGACGAGUCUGGGCGUGCCGAUGAACAUACAAGGUAAAAGUCAUCAGCACAGUGUUGUAGAAAACUUCCCAAAAAUAGCUGAAGUGGGAGCCUUUACUUUAUUAACACCGUGGAUGUGGUUUCAUUUGACUCAUAAGUUUUUUCCUCUUUAUUACAAAGUAAUUGCGUUAGUUAAACCUAUUAGAAAUUACGUAACUCGUUUGAUCAAAGAUAAAACCGAAUCAUAUAUAAGUUCGAGAAAACAUUAUGUUGCACCUGAAGCGAGUGACAUAGAUAUUAAUGUUAGCGACAUACCGAAGAAACGUUUGGGGUUCCUGGAGCACAUGGUAUCAACUAUGGUGGAAAAUCCAGGACUAUUAAGCAUAGAGGAACUACAGGACCAGGCCAUGUUCGUUAUCGCAGCUGGCACAGACACCACAGCCUACACCUUAGCGACCACACUGAUGCUACUGGGGUUACAUCAAGAUGUGCAGAGGAAAGUCCUGCAAGAGCAGGCAAGCAUCUUCGGCGAAGACACAAGCAGACCUGUCACGACAAUAGAUCUACAACAAAUGGUAUAUUUAGAACAAGUGAUAAAUGAGACAAUGCGACUUUAUCCAGUUGCUGCACUUAUGGCAAGGCGGGUUGACGAAGAUGUCAGUGUUAACAGCUACACUUUGCCAGCAGGCACAAUUGUCGUAAUCCCAAUUUAUUUAGUGCAUAGGAAUCCAGAAUAUUUUCCAAACCCGGACACAUUCGAUCCUGACAGGUUCAGCAGAGAGAAUAGUGCCAGUCGCCCUGCUUGUACGUUUAUCCCGUUUUCCUACGGGCGUAAGAUGUGCCUUGGCAAGAGUUAUACCUAUAUGGCAAUGAAGACCAUGCUGUCUGUGCUACUGCGAAGGUACGAGGUUCUAGAAUGUGGAUCCAGAGAUGACAUGGAGUGUUUUAAAUUUGAAUUACUUUUGAAGUUUAAUCAUGGCUAUAGUAUUAGGCUGAGGCAGAGGACUUUUGUGAUUAAGAACAUGGAAUAGUUUAACGUACUCAGGUCUAAAUGUGAACCUACAAACAACAAUAGAUAGUACUAUUUUUUUUAGUUUGUCAUGUUAUUUUAGUUUUCUGUGUUUACUUCAAAAGUUUAUAUUAUUUUCGUUAUUAUAAAUAUUUUAAUUAUAUCUAUAGGUAUAAUCAGCAGUUUGUAUAUUAAUCUACAUGGUUUAGAGCAAUUAUGUAUCUUAUAAUAUGUCCUUAGUAAACAAUUUUAAAUUGUUUUUUUUUAUUUACAUUGUUGUAUGGUUUAAAUUUUACCUAGUAGCAGCUUUUGCGUGUUUGCGAUUUAUAUAUAAUUUUUAGUAAGUCAUCAAAACAACUGAGUGCAAAUAUUAGAAAAGAUAACUUAAACACAGUGAAUAUUAUUGAUCGUAAUUGUUUGGCUUUUGAGAUUAAUUAUUAUGUAUGUUUAUUUUCUUUUGCGUAAUUUCGUGAAUAUACAUAAGUGUAUGUAGUUGUUUUGGGUAUGUGUGUGUGUGUGUGUGGUUGAUCUAAAAAAAUUUACAAUAAUAACCAAAUUUAGUA